AUGUCGAUUAUCGAUAAUAAUAAUAAAAGAGAGAACAACAAUGUAGUUUUAAAAAGAGAAUUUAAACCGUUUUCACCAUGUAGAAGCGUUGAUUGUUAUAAAAAGUUAAAUACAAUCAAUGAAGGUGCAUUUGGUGUUGUUUAUAAAGCAAUGGAUAAAGAAACCAAUGAAAUUGUGGCACUGAAAAAGAUAAAGACAGAACACGAAAAAGAAGGAUUCCCACUGACUUCAGUGCGUGAGAUACGUGUGUUGAUGGAGCUGAAGCACCCGCAUCUCGUCAAUAGUUGGGUGGUUCACCGUGAUCUAAAGACAGCGAACCUGUUGUACACGAACUGCGGUGAGUUGAAAAUCGCCGAUCUCGGUUUGGCGCGUGAGUACGGCAGUCCGCUGCGCCCGCUCUCCGAGGGUGUCGUCACGCUGUGGUACCGCGCGCCAGAGCUACUCCUCGGAACCCAGAUCUACUCGACGCCCAUCGAUAUUUGGUCGGUCGGCUGCAUCUUUGCCGAGAUUAUCUCACGUGAAGUACUCCUGCCAGGCACAUCGGAAAUCGACCAACUCGACCGCAUCUUCAAGCUUCUCGGCACACCCAACGAACAAAUCUGGGACGGAUUCAACAAACUUCCAUUGGUUAAGAAUCUAAACUUAAUACCACAACCUUAUAAUAAUUUGAAGAAUAAAUUCCCACAUAUAACCGACCAGACCUAUGAUCUAUUGUCGAGACUGUUGACGUAUGAUCCAGAGAAGAGAAUAACAGCAGCGGAAGCAUUGGAACACCCCUAUUUCAAAGAGAAUCCACCACCUCGAGAUACUGCACUCAUGCCUAUUUUCCCAACCACUCAUAAAACAUCUUGA